CAACAACAACAACAACAACACUACCGCCAGCAACAGCAACAACAACUACAACUACAACUCUACCUGCAGCCGCCUCAGCAACAACUGCAAAAUUAUCAAGAUCAAAUUCAGUUACCACGACAAAUUCCGCUUAGAAUUACACUUCAAUAUUAUACCGGGUCUCUGGCACCUCAAAGAAUUGUUUUGUCUAGCAAGAUUAUAAAAAUUAAUCAAUCACGGUCACCUGCGCCGGUAUUAAUUAUUGGUAAUAACGAUGAUGGAAACAGUUUUUGCCGUCCUUGGGGCGUUGCUUCUGACAAAGAUGGAAAUAUUAUUGUUGCUGAUAGAUCGAACAACGAAAUUAAAAUCUACGAUAAAAACGGCAACUUUGUAAGGAACUUUGGAACACGUGGAAGUGGUCCAGGACAAUUUGACCGGCCCGCAGGUAUUGUUGUUGAUAAUCGCAACCGUGUUAUUGUUGUAGACAAGGACAAUCAUCGGAUUCAAAUUGUAACAAAAUAUGGUGACUAUUUAUUGGCAUUCGGUGAAAAAGGAAUGAUGAAUGGUCAAUUCAACUAUCCAUGGGACGUAGCAGUUAAUUCACGUUGUGAAAUACUUGUGUCCGAUACACGGAACCAUCGUGUUCAAUUAUUUAAUGCAGAAGGUGAGUUUCUCCGUAAAUUCGGUUAUGAAACAGCCCAGCAUAUGUGGAGAUUGUUGGAUUUACCAAGAAGUGUUAGUUUUGCUCCUAAUGGCGAGAUUCUUGUAUCAGAUUUUAAUAAUCACCAUAUAAUUGUUCUUGAUGAUAAACUUCGGAACGCUAGAAUAUUUGGUCCCGCAAGGAGACAGUUUCCAUUUUUAAGAAUACAAGGUAUGAAGGUUGAUGAUGUUGGUAACGUAAUUAUUGCUGAUUCGCGUAAUAAUAGAAUACAGAUGUUAGGUCCAGAUGGUGAUCUUAAAUUUAUAUUUGGAAAUCAGGAAAAUAAUGUAGGUCAAAAUGGUGUAGGUCAAAAUGGUGUAGGUCAAAAUGGUAUAGGUCAAAAUGGUAUAGGUCAAAAUGGUGUAUAUCAAAUCGGUGUAUAUCAAAAUGGUGUACAUCAAAAUGAUGUAUAUCAAAAUGGUGUAUAUCAAAAUGGUGUACGUCAAAAUGGUGUAGGUCAAAAUGAUGUAAAUCAAAAUGGUGUAAAUCAAAAUGGUGUAAAUCAAAUGGAUCGCCCGGCUGGUAUCGCAAUAUCUCCCGAUGGAAAAAUUAUAAUUGUUGAUUUUGGUAACAACCGGAUCUUAGUAUACUAAAAAGCAAUCCUUUUU